CUUCCUGUGAAUUGGGUUUGAGAGGGGCACAAAGUCAUUCAGCUUGCUCUCUCCUCCAGUCAUCGGCUGGGUUUAGUAUUUUACUAUAAAGUUGCAUUGAUAUUAUAAAGAAGACAGAACUAGCAGAUGGUGUGUCAUAACUGAAGUCUUCUUGAGUUUCAAGUGAAUUACAGGUUCCUAAAUUUGAUGUCCAUAUGGCUCUAUUGUCAAUGUGACCAGAAGUAUGAGGCUUGAGCUGGUGUUCGCCACAUAACCUCGUUAUUGGGAAAAGCAAAUUUAGGAGAGUGCACUAAACAUGCUGAGAUCUGUUUUACAAAAGAUUUUCAUAGAAUCACCGAGGACUUUGCAGGUGACUUGGAGGCAGAGAAGCAAACCUGGAAAGGGACCUCUCCGGAGCUGCCUGAGGAGGAGCCCUGUUCUGGGAUGUCCAGGGGAAGAUGUUUCCAGGGACCAGACAACUGCUGGGCUGUCUGGGACUCAAGGCAAAAACAUGAGGAACCAAAGCGAGGGUUGUUCCUUCAAAGAAAUUGACAGCCUGAUGAAGAUGGUGCAGCUGGGUGUCCACAUCCCCACUUUUUUCCUGGGUCUAUGCCUCAACCUGCUAGCCAUCUACAGCUUUGCCUCCUUCCUGAGAAAGUGGCAGGAGGAGUAUAGGGCCACUUCCAUUUACAUGAUCAACCUGGCGGUCUUUGACUUGCUGCUUGUGCUCUCUCUUCCUUUCAAGAUGGCGCUCUCCCAGGGCCCUGCCCAUACAUCCUCCUUCUGUACUGUGGCCGAGUGUCUCUACUUUGUCAGCAUGUAUGGGAGUGUCUUCACCAUCACCUUCAUCAGCCUCGACCGCUAUGUGUCCAUCAAGCACCCGAUCUGGGUGAAAAACAUCCGGUCCCCAAGGAACAUCUCCAUAGUCUGCUGUUCCGUCUGGGCACUGGUGUGCAUAGGCACCAUCCCCAUCUACCAAUUUCAUGAAGAAGCAGUCAACUCCACAUGCUUCCAUAACAUGUCUGAUAAUACCUGGGGCGUCCCAGCCAUUGUCCCCCUGGAGUUCUUUGGAUUCCUCCUUCCCAUGGCCAUAGUGUGUUUCUGCUCCUUCAGCAACAUCCACACCCUACUGGGCAAGCAGAACGAGCUAAAUGCUUGGGCUGGGAAGAGGGCUCAUGUCAUCCACUCCAUCGCAGCCAGCCUGGCUGUUUUUGUGGUCUCCUUCCUGCCUGUGCACCUGUGCAUCUUCCUGCAGUUCCUGGUAAGGAAUGGCUUCAUCCAAGACUGUGGCACCAAGCGGGGCAUCAGCUUUGCUCUGCAGCUCGCCUUGUGCCUCUCCAACAUCAACUGCUGCCUGGACGUCUUUUGCUACUACUUUGUCAGCAAGGAAUUUAGGGCAGGGAUUAUGACUCACCAACGGCCUUUGAGAGUUCAGCUCUCUUGGAGAGCGCAGCUUUUGCAACAGGAGAGUAUGCCCAUAAGCACCGAGGAUACAAAGGAAAAGCUCUAAGAUUAAGGAGGACUGGGAGAGGAUUCUUGCAGAAAGUGAGGCUUUAGCUAAGACUUGAAGGAAGCCAGAUAAGGAAACGGAGAAUUGGAGAGGAACAGGGACCUAUAGCUGGAAGACAUCUUAGAGGCCAUCUAGUUGAACUCUAAAUUUACAGAGAAGGAAACUGAUGCCUACAGUCACAUACCUCUUUACCUUGGCCACAGUCACACACCUCUUUAGUAGCAUGAUCAGGAUAAGUCCAAGUCCAGGGCUCUUUCCACAGAUACUUGUAGCUCUUCCCAUCAGAUGUCACUUUAUCCUACCUUUCCCUACCCUUGGCACUGGAUCCCAUUCAAACCUAUUCAGCACGCCUGUCCUGUGGAGUCAGAUUUCAAAUGAUAGGAUAAAAUUUAAGAUUGCAAGGAUUCUGAAAUCACAUAUGACUUGGGGGGUGAGGCAAUAAAAUCCAACUACCAUUCUAGAAAAUGAUGAGGUGACUUGGGUUACAAAGUUGUUUUUAUCAGUGAUGUCCUACACCAUGACCUCCCAUACUUUGUGGAGGAGGUCUUUGACUGUGGUAAGAAUGAUCCCCUUCCAUCAUUCAGUCAAGCGGAAUUUCCCCACCGUUAAGAGCAAAGCGCUAAUUUUCUCCAUUAAAAUUUAAUGUGGGAUUGAAAAGAUUGGCUUUGAAAAAGAGCCAGGAACAGGCACCUCCCUCUCUUCUCAGCCAAGGUGUGGGUACUAUGGAUGUAGAACAUUUCAGAUACAGUAAUUGGUUAGUGCAUUGAUUAGUUUUGCUGAAAAAAAAAUUUUCCCCCUCUUAUAAAAAAGCGUUUCUUACAAAGGGAAGGGAAGGAUAUAUUUGGGAAUAAAGUUAAUGUAAAAGUAAAAAAUAUUUAUAAAUUUUUCAAAAGAAAUAAAAAGUUGAAUGUAGACCUUUACUUAAUGCCUCUGGUAGUCUACAUUGAGAUUGGGUCUUGAGAUCCUGAUAUCUGAUCAAUGCAUUUUGCUUUUUGAAAUACUCUCCCUCCAAAAACUAUCUUUGGAAAUGGAGGAAGGAUGAAGCACAUUUUAGCUGUCAGGGAAUCAUAGAAUUUGAGAGAUGGAAGGGACCUUAUGGGGUUAUACUAGACUAGACUAGAUGCCCCAUACUUGAAAAAAUCCCCUUUAUAGUGUACCCAAAAACGCGUACCCGACAUUUAGCCUCUGAAGACCUCCAAGAAAAGCCAAACCUCUACUCCUUUGUUCAUCCUACUCUGAGAAAGGAAGAGCAAAACCAAGAGGCAGCACUGCCUUGUGGAAGGGGAAAAGGAGGCAUAGGAACAUCGUUAGAAUCCCCUAUCUGAGUCAAGGGGCGGAGAGAGGCAGGAAGACCCCUACUCCCUCCCACAGCCCACAAGCAGGAAACUCCGGAACCUUUAGCAGCUACUUGGAUGACAUGCUCAGUCCAAUGACAUACUGUCUAGCCACCCACGUUGGAAGCUCUAGCAGGUAGACUUCCCUGACCACUAUUCCCCAUGUGGGGAGGCAACAGUGCAGUGAAUAGAAUGGAAGUCAGGGAGACCCGAAUUCAAAUUCUUCCUCAGAUACAUAUUUGCCAUAUGACCUCAGGUAAGUCCCUUAGCCUCUCUUGGAAUCAGUUUCCUCAGAUAUAAAAUGGGGUUAAUAACAGCACCUACAUCCCAGGGUUAU